AUCAGGCCAGUCCUCUACCUAAAAUCCGAUGAAAAGCCCUGGGGGGAAGCGUUUCCCAGAAAUGACCACAUACAGUCCUUUUACCUUCUUUUCCCUUUCCUUCACAGCACAGACCAGAAGUCCCAAGAAAGAAGAAGAAUUGCUGUUGACAGUGAAAAGGCUGAAGCAAGAAGGAAACCUAGAGCCUAGGAUUGAAAACAUGAUCAGCAGAAUUACUGAACUACGGCAGGUGAGCUUGGAGGAGGCACAGGUGAAAGAAGUCCUGAGCAAGAAGCAAGAAACUCUGAGGACCCUUUCCCUGCACUGCCAGGAAAAAGAAACUGAGGCUCUCAGGCAGCUGGCAAUGACUAGGAGAUGCAAGAAGAGGAUAACCGAGCUCAGCUCUAAAAUCCAGGAAGAAAGACUCAAGAAAAGGAAUCAAAUGAUGGAGUUUGGCCAGCAACUAGAGGGAAUGAUGGAGAAGCACAAGGCCCUCUGGGAAUUCCACAGGGCAGACAGACUGUCCCAGGAAAUGCGCGUCAUCAGCCGCCACAAGGAGCAGCUGCUGAUGGAGGAGAGGCGCAGUCAGGAGAAGCCUGGCAGCAUCCAGGCCCAGCUGGGCGCGUUGAGCGGGCCUGAGGGCGGGGCCGAAGCCCCAGCUGCCAGCGGUGUGGAUGCCUUCCUGCGCAGUGCCGAGGCUGCUGCGGCCGUGCAACUGCUUGAAGAAGAGAACAAGAAAGCCACAGAAUUCCUGGAGGCAGCUGCUCUACGCUAUCGCCAGCUGCAGCAGAAAUACCAGAGGAUGAAGAAGCAGCUGGAAGCUGUUGGCCACAGCGGCAUGGGAGGGUCUCAGGAGAGAAGCCCAGAGGGGGCUGCUGGAGGGGAAAGCAGCCUUGUUACCGAGGCUGUCAUGGAGAUUCCCCAAAAAGAUCAGCAAGCCAAGCCUGGCAUUGGCCACCCCGCUGGCUCAUCCCAGAGAGAGGUUCACGGGGAAUCGGAGCGCCCGUCACCUCAGUGAGACGAAGCUUUGUCUGCACCGCGCUGGAGACCCUUUGCCUUGUAGCUUGGCCUCCCUGAAUAAAGAAUUCCUCCCUCUCUG